AUGGCGGAAGGGGGAAUUAAAAGAACCGCGACCAAUCGGUCUGUCUCCCCGCCUCCAAUACGCCGGAAGGUGGAAGCGACCAAGAAGUCUUCUGCCUCGUUUUUUACGCCGGCUUCACAGAAGAAGCCAAACCCCCUCACAUGGAGGGUCAUUGGCAGCAGCGUGGUCAUUGGAAAGUAUACGCCUGAGAAACAGGGCCCUAUCUCGCAGGGAAAGUUGCAGAAAGUCGCAGCUUUUGAUCUCGACUCCACUCUUAUCAAGACUAAAUCUGGAAAUACGUUUCCUCGAUCCUCUGAUGAUUGGAAAUGGCUAGAUGCCUCGGUGCCAGGCCGUCUCAAAGACCUGUCGUCUGAAGGCUUCCAAGUCGUGGUUUUCUCCAACCAGAAGAAAAUCGCUAUCCAAAAAGAUAUUAAAAAAGGCCAAAGCGAGUCGAAGAGCCUUGUGAUGUUCAAAGACAAGCUCACAACCAUGUUGACCCAGUUGGGCCUUCCCAUCAGCGUGUACGCCGCGACGACGGAUGCCGAGUACCGCAAGCCCCGGCUGGGCAUGUGGCGUGAGUUUAUCGACGACUACGAUCUAGACGUAGCCGGCGUCGACCUAGAGCAAUCUUUCUUCGUCGGAGACGCAGCCGGACGUCCAGGUGACCACUCCGCAGCUGAUCGUGGAUUUGCAUCCAAUGCAGCACUCCCAUUCAAGACGCCCGAAGAAUUCUUCUUAGACCAAGCCCCAGAUACAGAAUUGCGGAUCUUUGAUCCAAAAUCAUAUGUUGAGGCCGAGCCUGCCGAACCUGCAGCCAAUUUUACGCGCAAACACCUUGUUGAAUUGGUUGUUUUCUGCGGAAGUCCCGGCGCUGGUAAAUCCAGUUAUUUUUGGACAAAUCUUGAACCACUCGGGUACGAACGAGUGAAUCAAGAUAUCUUAAAAACACGCCCGAAAUGCGUUAAGGUUGCCCGUGAACACCUCCAGGCCAAGAAAUCAGUUGUUGUCGACAACACAAACGCCGGCCCUGAAACUCGGGCCGUUUGGACCGAGAUAGCCAAGGAAUUCAAGAUUCCCGUUCGCUGCGUACACUUCCUCUCAUCGCCGGAAUUGUGUAAACACAAUAACGCUGUUCGUGCCGCCAACAAAGAAUUGAACCCUGAGGCGAGAACUUCGCUUCCUGGCAUUGCUUUUGGUGACUUCAAGAGGAGGUAUAGUCCCCCCACACUGGAUGAGGGCUUCGAGGAUAUAAUCUCAGUUGAGUUUAGCUUCAAGGGUGAUGACGAGGCGAAGAAGCUAUGGGGUCAGUGGUGGGUUUGA